CAAUGGGCGGGCGGGUGUGGGUGCUGGGGCCAAUGGCGGCCGGGGCGGUGCGGGCCCAUCGCGGAUAGAGCUUCUGCUGCGGAGGGGUCGAGUGCUGGCCGAGCGAGCGAGCAAAGGGGCCCGGUCCCAGCGCAGGAGCCAGAGGCUGCUGGCCCAGCCACCCCGCGACGGACUGACGAAGCUGACGCGCCGGGCGGCGGCCAUCAGAUUUGGUACUGAACCACUUGGAAUCAUGGGGUCCGAGAAUCCAAGUCCACAAAACCCUAGCUGUAAGAUCAUGACCUUCCGCCCUACAGUUGAGGAAUUUCAGGACUUUGGGAAAUAUGUGGCCUACAUUGAAUCCCAAGGAGCUCACAGAGCAGGACUUGCUAAGGUAAUCCCACCCAAGGAGUGGAAACCUAGGAAAACUUAUGAUGACAUUGAUGACAUGGUGAUCCCAGCUCCCAUUCAGCAGGUGGUGACAGGACAAUCCGGUUUAUUUACCCAGUAUAACAUACAGAAGAAACCCAUGACAGUGGGAGAUUAUCGGCGUUUGGCCAACAGUGAGAAGUAUUGUACUCCUCGACACCAAGACUUUGAAGAUCUGGAGCGUAAAUACUGGAAGAACCUGACUUUUGUAUCACCGAUCUAUGGAGCUGAUAUCAGUGGUUCUUUAUAUGAUGCAGAUGUAGAGGAGUGGAAUAUUGGGAAUUUGAACACCCUUUUGGACAUGGUGGAACAUGAAUGUGGGAUUAUCAUAGAAGGAGUAAACACUCCCUACCUGUACUUUGGAAUGUGGAAAACCACCUUUGCUUGGCAUACUGAAGAUAUGGAUCUUUACAGCAUCAACUACCUGCACUUUGGGGAGCCUAAAUCUUGGUAUGCCAUACCUCCAGAACAUGGCAAGCGUCUAGAACGCCUGGCAAAAGGGUUUUUCCCUGGAAGUUCUCAGGGAUGUGAUGCCUUUCUCCGUCACAAGAUGACUCUCAUUUCUCCCUCCAUUUUGAAGAAAUACAGCAUUCCUUUUGAUCGGAUCACCCAGGAGGCUGGAGAGUUUAUGAUUACUUUCCCCUAUGGAUAUCAUGCAGGAUUUAAUCAUGGCUUCAACUGUGCUGAGUCAACCAAUUUUGCCACACUGCGGUGGAUUGAUUAUGGCAAGAUGGCUACUCAGUGUACCUGCCGAAAGGACAUGGUGAAAAUUUCAAUGGAUGUUUUUGUGAGAGUGCUGCAGCCAGAGCGCUAUGAACUGUGGAAACAAGGAAAAGAUAUUACUGCUUUGGAUCACAUGAAACCCACUGCACUAACUAGCCCCGAACUCAUGGCUUGGAAUGAGACCAAGGCUGUGCUGAAAGCUAAGCUCCUUCGAAGACAAAUUAGUCUGAAGGAAAACAAACAAUGGAAAAAGACUGAGGAGGAGAAAAAACCAAAUAUAGAAAGGAAGAGAGAGCAGAACAAAAAGCCUGGCCUAUCGUCCCAUAGGAAAAAAAGCCAGCCUAGACGGCAUAAGACGGAAGACCAGAAGUCUUUGGGAGAGGUCAUGGCUGCAGAAACCCUUUUGGAGGAGAGCAAAGUAAAGGAAGAGCCCAAACAUGGACCUGACCUAGAGGAAGAAGAGCAGCACAAAGCCCCUGAGAGUGGUGAAGGGGAUGGUAAGACCAAGAUCCGUGCCCCCAGGGCCAAAAGUGAUAAGAAGAAGAAGCACUACCACCACCACCAUCAUCACCACCAUCACCACCCACCUCAGCCGCCUCAGUUGUUGUCACCUCCACCCCAGCUCUGUACAGAUGAAGAUGUCCCUCCACCUCUGCCUCCCAUUUUGGAACCCCCUAUAUUAGCACCAAUAUCUACUGCCACAGAAGAAAGUUUUCCCUUAGCUGCCCCCCUCAACAUUGUUCACCCUUCUGAGGUGCCCAGUGAAGAGGAUGACUUUAAGCCUCGACCUAUCAUUCCUAUGCUUUAUGUGGUUCCACGGACCAAUAAGGUGGUAUUUGAUAAAGAGCGUGUAUCUUGCCAGCAGACACUUGAGCACUUUGCUCAGAAGGGCCAGAUUUGGAGGGAACAGACUGUCCCCAUGGAGCUAACAGUUAAGGAAGAAGAAAGGAUUGAAGCUGAGCAGGUGGAGGUCAAUCCCAAAGCCAGCGAGGUUCAGGCCCCAUCCACAUUUUCCAAAUUGAAAAUGGAGAUCAAGAAGAGCCGGCGUCAUCCUCUGGGUAAACCACCAACACGAUCCCCACUGUCUGUUGUCAAACAAGAAGGCUCAAGUGAUGAGGAAGCGUUUCCCUUCUCUGGAGAAGAGGAUGUGAGUGACCCUGAGGCCUUGAAGUCUUUACUUUCCCUCCAGUGGAAGAAUAAAGUGCAUAACUUCCAGGCAGAGAGGAAGUUCAAUGCGGCUGCAGCCCUAGUAGAGCCAUAUUGCGCUGUCUGUACUCUCUUCUACCCAUAUAACCAGACCUUACAGACAGAUAAAGAGACUUCUCCAGCCUCUCUUGGGGAGACCUCCUCACUUCUUCAGCUUUCCAAAUGUGGACAGAAGACCAAGCCCUUGAUCCCAGAAAUGUGUUUUACUUCAAGCGGUGAGAAUAUUGAGCCUCUCCCUGCAAAUUCUUAUAUUGGUGACGAUGGAACCAGCCUUCUCAUUGCCUGUGCCAAAUGCUACUUGCAAGUUCAUGCCAGUUGCUAUGGAAUCCGUCCUGAUCUGGUAAAUGAAGGUUGGACCUGUUCCCGGUGCACAGCCAAUGCCUGGACAGCGGAAUGCUGUUUGUGUAACCUCAGGGGAGGAGCUCUUCAGAUGACAACUGAUAGAAGGUGGAUCCAUGUGAUCUGUGCUAUUGCUGUCCCAGAAGUACGAUUUCUUAACGUAAUAGAGCGUCACCCUGUGGAUAUCAGUGCAAUCCCAGAGCAACGAUGGAAAUUGAAAUGUGUUUACUGUCGAAAGCGGAUGAAGAAGAUAUCUGGAGCUUGUAUCCAGUGUUCCUACGAACAUUGUUCUACUUCUUUUCAUGUGACCUGUGCCCACGCAGCAGGGGUCCUGAUGGAACCUGACGAUUGGCCAUAUGUUGUGUCUAUCACUUGCUUUAAGCAUAAAGCAGGCAGCCAAGGUGUCCAAUUUCUAAGGGAAGUGUCAUUGGGUCAGACAGUUAUCACAAAGAACCGCAAUGGCCUCUAUUAUCGGUGCAAAGUAAUUGGCACAACCACACAGACAUUCUAUGAAGUGAAUUUUGACGAUGGUUCCUACAGUGACAACUUGUACCCAGAGAGCAUUAUUAGCAGAGAUUGUAUCCAGCUGGGACCCCCUCCUGAAGGGGAGUUUGUUCAGCUCCGGUGGACUGAUGGAAAUAUCUAUAAAGCCAAGUUCAUUUCAGCUGUGAUCAGUCACAUUUAUCAGGUGGAGUUUGAGGAUGGUUCCCAGCUGAUGGUGAAGCGUGGUGAUAUUUAUACCCUUGAGGAGGAGCUCCCGAAGAGAGUCAAAUCUAGACUGUCUGUCAGUACUGGUGCUCCACAAGAGAAAGUAUCCUUAGGAGAGGAGGUGAAGGCAGCAAAACGCCCAAGGGUGGGCAAUGCUCGAACUUCUGAGGACUAUGGACAGAAUCCCGAUUACCUGGCCUUUAUGGAGAACCUACUGCAGUCACAAUACCAGCCUGGAGCUCAGAGCCACAUGUUUUAGUACAAACACAAUUUUAGAACCAACAUCUCGUGACCUCCCCAACCCUUACCCUGACCUCCUUUUACCCCAGCAAAGCACCCAGGCAACUGUGGAACAAGUGGACAGCCCUCCCCUCCUCCCCUCUCCCCUUUCCCCUUUCCCUCUGCAAUAACUUGCUGUGAAUUCCUUUCAUCUACAUUUAAUUUUGACCAUCUGAGAGACUUGUCUGGCCACAGGCUACCUCGACUCUGCUGAACACGACACUGCUGACGGUAAUAGGAAAAGGAAGCAAUGGUAACCUCUCAGAUUGUGUGUCACCUGGAUGCUUUAGAAGAGCUUGUACUCCUGGAACACAUGGAUGCCUGGCUCUUGUCUUAGGCUAGGAAGGGUUAAACAUUGUUACAAAAGCAAAAACUACUCAGAUUUUUAAACCAUGUAAAAGCUCUCAUCUUGAAAAGGUGCUAUUUCACUGACUACUGAAGCAGCCUUUGGAAUUGUGAUUUCUGUAUAUAAAUCACCUUUGUGAAGUUCUUUCUAUAAAUACUUAUUGUUUAAAAAAAUAUAAGAAAAAAAAAGGAAAAAGAAGGAAAGGAAAAAAAUCCCCAAACUGAUUUUCUAGAUUUGUGGCUUUAAAAAAAUGUUCUUUUCCCCACAAACUGAAAUGGGAUUUGAGUAACACUGAAUAUGAGGGAGAGAAAAACAUCUCAUUCAUUUUCUUUUGUUGUUGUUUUAAAAUAUUAUUUGUAUAUUGAGUGGGCAGGGAAUGUGUUUUAGCUGGAGUGGCUUGGCAGUUGAGGGUGUUUGUGUUCUGAGUAGCCCAUCUGGGCGUUUCUGCUUUUGCUGCUCCCUCUCCCAGUGGUCAUGUGGAGGUUUGUCAGUCAUUCAGGUGGGGCUGCAGGCAGGGUUGGAGUGUGCAUGAGGGGAAGAGGGAAGGACCCUGCUCCCUUUGCCCUUCUCUUCUCUGUAGCCUCCUGGAUAGAUCACUUGGCUUCCUCCCCACAGCCCCAGGCCUUGCAAAGGUUUCUGGUCUUUAAGCUCUUAGAAGAGGAAGGUUGAGGGUGCUGCUUGGUCACGGAUCCUUGGUACAUUUGCUGCUCCACACCCCUGGCAGAUGGGACACAUGGCCAGCACCUUUGUGCAUGCCUGGCAAAAUAAAUACUUUCUCUUCUGGUUUGCUUGAUCUUUUGCUUCUUACUGUGGUGAGUAUCAUUCCAUAACUGAAGUCUCGGAGGUAUUUAUGUGUGUUUAAUGAAAGAAGAAAUUUCCCCAAUCUCUUUAUGGCUGCGACCGCCUUUCUUUAAGCAAAAACCCUUUAGGUUGCCCCUUGUAAAAUGUGCACCGGAGGCAUACCUUGUUUUUUUGGCAUGCUGGGUACUAGUCAUGGUGUAUUUGGUUGUCUCUGUUCAUUAAUAACUCUUAGAGGAAACCAGUUUUGGGGGUCUUUUGUUUUAAACCCAAAAAGGUAUCUCCCACUAUUCCUCUACAGCUGAGCCAGGUGAGCUAAGAAGGGACCUGAAACUGGAGGAGAGACAGAGAGAGAGAGACCAUGGACUUGGGAAGAGAUCAGUCCUUUUUGGACCAAGGUCUGGGUCAGGGGUUUGCCCCUGGAUGCCAUGACAUUGUUUUCAGGCUUUCUGAGGACCCCUGGGAGCAAGUUUCUCCCUGAGGAAUUAGCCAUAUCUUUACAUUGCCUCCUGGUAAGCCUCUUCAGAUAAAGCCAGCAUUGUAGAUAAGACAUCAGCAGAUGCUGCUUUCAUCAGCAUCUGGUACCUAAACCGCCAUAGAUGCUCUGAAGGGAGAGGAGAAGGGAGUAGCUAACUGGUUAUUGAAGGUGGAAUGACAUCCCUUCUGUCCCUGCUGCCUCUAAGUGGAGGCCCUUGGUGUUUCUCUAUGUAGAAAGAAAGGAUCUCAUUUGUUAUUUGAGGCCAUUGUAAGGCGAAGUUCCUCCUGCUGUUUUAUUGGGGUGGGGGGGGCAUUAAGCAGUUGGGUUUCAACUUCAAGCGAAACCACAUUUUUAAAAAUCUUAGAUUGAAUUUAAGAGAGAAAAUAUACUUCAUAUUUCAUUUUGGAGAAAGAGUAGGCAGAGCUGAGGCCAAGCCUCAUUUUAUCUGACUGUGCAUCGAUCUGAGUGGUUUCCUGCCAUUCACAAGAAAAUGAUUUAAAGAAUAAUCUGCAUGUAUUUUUUAAAGAUGUUUUAUCAGUUGAUAGGUCAGAGAGAGUACUAUUUAAAACAAAAAAAUGAGAGAAUGUUGACAUCAGAGAAUUCUUGCUGUGGAAAGGGGGAAGUAAAGGCUGGGGAGGAUGGGCGGGUAGUGGGGGGCCUUGAGUUGUGGGGAUUCUCCUUCUUGUAGCAGGCCUGGCUGAAACAGCACCUUUCCUAGAUUCCUUUAUAGUUCCUUUUAAAAAAAAUACUAUUUAUGUUGUUAAAGUGAGCAGCUACAUAUUCCCUAGGGCCCAUAGUCGAGGAAUGCUUGUUUGAAAUGAUACUCUGGACCCUUAGAAAACUGUUCUUUGUUGUUGGACUGACCCCUGGAUGAGGCUGCCCCUUCCCCAUCCCAUCCCCACCUUCCAAGUUUGAACUUUCAGGAAUAAUUUGUGCUAAUCUAUUGAUAGUGGCCAUAGUACCGGGGGAAAUGCACAUUUUUUCCAACAAAAUAUAUUUGUAAGCAUCUUUCAUGCUACAGAAUUCCAGGCUGCUUGUUAUUUUGAAAUGUCUUCAUUUCUGAGCCGUGCCUUUGGUGUUUUAGGUGGCGAGGGGGCUGAUAAUCAAGUCCCUUUUUAAUGGCGGUGUGCUUUAUAAUUCUCUCUUAAGGAGACAGACAAUUUGGCAAAGAGCAUAAGGCCAUCCAACUGAGUGUGCACAGCAUGGACGUAGAGGAAAUGUUAUCUCCAGAUGAAAAGAUUGACCCAGUACUUACAGGCAUGUAGUGAUGACUUCCCAGAGAAACAGCUUCAGACCUGAGGGUCAGACCCUGGAAGAGACCUUAGAAAUUUUCUAGGUCAACUGUCUCAUUAGUCUGAGGCCCAGAUAGGUUCAGUGACUCAUUCAGUGGGGCAGGUAGUGAGUAGCAAAGCCAGCAUUCCAGCCAAGAUCUCCAUACACACAUGGCUUCCUCCUCCUCUUUCAGCAGGCACAGAGCGUCCCAGAGGAGACUCAAAGGGACCGAGACCAGGCCGAGCCCUUCAUCUUCUAGACGGGGGGCAGAACUCAGAGUCAGUGAUUUAUCCAAGGUCAGAGAGGACGUCAGGAGCAGAACUGGGGUUUAUAUUCAUGUCCAGGAGUUUGAGGAGAAAACGGACAGAACAGGAUCAUCCUACUUGUGGCGUUGCUUACUCUUCCCUUCAUACAUGCUAUAAACUGGCCUGCUGGCUUAUUCCCCAAGCUAAGCAGAACAAGGCAUUACAUCUCCUGUCUUGGUGCCUUUGCCGGGUUGUCCCCCACACCUGGAAUGCACACCCUCUGGCCCCCCUCCCCCCGAGCUCUCGGAAGGCUCAGCUCAGGUGCCGCCUCCUUUGGCAAGUCUUUCCUGAUCCCCCAGGUGUUAGUCCCCUCUGCCUCCUGAA